AUGGCCGAGUUUCAAAAAGAGUCUCUUUCUCUUGAAGAGGCGAACCGUGUGCGUAUUUCGCUUGGCUUGAAGCCACUCGUCGAUGUCGACGUCCACGACGACGACGAUGAGCGCGACCACAACAACCAGAACGGCGACCACGAUCGUGUAGACAACGCAACCUCCUCUAUACCACCAACCAGCAUAGGAAGUGCUUCUCCAGACAAAGAGGCGAUCCGCGAGCGCGUCGUCAGAGCGCAGGCACGUCGCGAUGUAGCACGAAGACUGCGUGGGCCGACACUGGGCGAGAGCCGCGACGAGGACAUGAGUGCUCGCGACUGGAUCCGUCACGCUCGGCGUCAAGCGCAAGUCCAUUCGGCUGAGCGGUUACAAAAACAGGCAGAAGAUGAACAGACGGCGCGUAUGCAAACCUACACAUCGUCUGAACUGGAGGGUCUUCGUGUCGCACACGAUCUAGAUGAGUUUGUCGCAGGCUCCGAUGAGCGCGUACUGACGCUUCGUGAUGCAAACGUCUUGGACGACAACGAAGACGAGCUAAUGGAGCAUUCGGCUGAGACGUACGCGAAAGCAAGAACGGACCAACGUGACCGUGAGCGCCACUCUGUCUAUACGGGCGUGGAGGAGCUUGAGAAGGAAAAAACGGGUGUUCUGGACAAGUACGAUCAUGUGGAAUCACUCGAUCUGAACCAGACGCCGCCGAAUCGUCAUGCAGCGUCGCUGGGCUUCCGCUUAGGCGAUGCAGCGUCUGUAGAUGCGAUGGACGCGCGCUCGUCAGCGCGUUCAGAGGCACAGCGUGUUGCAGAGCAGCGCGCUUUACAUCGCACUAGCCUGGACUAUGUGAAGAAUGCACCGGUGUCUGAUUAUGAGGUGUCAUUCAAGAAGAAAAGUAAGAAAAAACGUGCACCGCGAGUCAAAGUUGAGCCUGAUGACGACGAUGCCGCGGGUCGUGGCGACCAGGUUGCAUCGACCAUACCGUCGUCCUCGUCGGCGAUGGAAAUUGAUGAGCCCCGGAAGCCUCUCUCGAAAGCCGAGGCCCUUAUUGACGAUGACGAACUCGCUGCCAGUCUUGCGAGAACGCGACGGAUGCAUGCAAAAGCUUCGUUCCGCAAAGUCACGCCAGAAAUGGUUGCGCGAAAUUUGGCUGCAACGCAGCGUGUAGUUGCCGAACAAGAUACCCAGAAAGAAAGUCAACUAGAGAAGGAUGAUGGCGUUCUUACCUUUGAUGAAACGACGGAAUUCGUUCAAAACAUCAUCGCACGUCCUUCGAACCCACAAAUCGAUACGCAACGACAAUUACCAUCGCCACCGGCGCCCCAGAUAAACUAUGGUGACUCCACGUCCCACGUUGGGUCGGAGGCGGGCGACCGGCCUGAGCCUGAGCUGGAGGUGGACUCGAAGGCAGCACUAUCGCCAGCGUCCCAUCCGACUGCACAAGACCCGCAUAGGGAGAAUGGGGCCGAACUUGCUAAAAUGUCCGAUGUGGACAAUGCAUUGCACGGCGAUGUCGACACAGAAGCCAUGGCAUCGGGCAGCGUUGCAUCAGUGGUCCAGUUUCUUAAGAGCCAAGGCACACUCGAGCAUGUACCGAAAGAGCAGCUGGAACAUGAAAAGACGCAGCUCAAGUACGAUGCGUGGCUUCGAGAGCGCCGACGUGCCGACAGGCUCGCCGAAUCGGAUGAUCAAGACGCACGUGAAGACGAUCAGUCGGAGCGCCGGGAAGCACAAGCAGCUCUGGAACGGUUUAAGGACUACAAGCCCGAUGUCAAGAUAGAGUACCAUGAUGAGUACGGGCGCACGUUGUCAACGAAGGAGGCAUGGAAGCAACUGUCGCACACCUUCCAUGGCAAUGCACCUGGUCACAAGGCACAGGAAAAACGUCUGCGACGCAUUGCCGAGGAGCAGCGUCGCGAGCGCAUGUUGGCUGGCGACACAAGUGCGAUGACUCGCGCCUUCCAGGAACGCUCCGAACGGACGGGACAGGCUCAUAUGGUUUUGAGUGUUGGGCAACAUGAUCAUGCGCCACAGGACAUACACCUCGGAGCACCGCCUGCGUUGGAGAAGGUCAGUGUGCCUGUGAAAAAGAAGACCAAGGCGGCGGGAACGAGUGCUACCUUAUCUGGCCAGUCCAUCGAACCGGGCCGGUCAAAUGAAACACUCGAGGCAGCAGUGGAGCGGGCCAGAGCCUCUGUUCUGCCGACGUCAGAGCCAGCGGCAUCACCGUCAGCGACAGCUCCGGCUUCAAGUCCAGCUCAGUCUGCGGGCUUCAAGCCUGCUAUGAAGCCAGCCUUCCAACCCAUUUCCACGUCCCAUGUUCCAUCCACUCCCAUCCCUGCAUCAUCUUCAACGACGACAAACGAUGCCUCAUUUACGUCGGCGCCUGCAUCGUCAUCAGAAGCACAACCCCGUGAUAAGGUUCGCAUCUCUUUAGGCAAGCGAAAAGCUCCUCAAGCAGAUUCGUAG